GAAAAUGCUGAUGAGCAGCCGUGGAUUUCCAAAACUUUUUAUCCCAAUACGAGUUUCAUUGUGAAUAAUCGGGGAGUCGGACGGCAGCUGGAGCGGCACAAAGUGUUCGUCUGUGGAGUGAGCGUGAGAUAUUAAGAUGAGCGCAGACCUGGUGGAGCAGUCGGAGGCUCAAGCUGAACAGGCAGAGCAAAACGGGAUCGACUUCAAUCGACAGAUAAAGACGGAGGAUAUCCUCGACUUACCUCAUUCGGGCUCCACGCUGAAGACAUGUCACCUGACACAGACCCCGCCCAUGCCCGGAGCUCAGCUGAGUGGGGAGCUCACCUCUCUGCACACCAUGCAGCAGCUGGUUCUGAUGCCCCCGUCCCACCUGCCGUCUCCGUCCCCCUUCCUGCUCUCCCAGAGCCCCACCAGCCACCAAGCACUUCUGCAGCAGAACCUGCUGUCCCUUCCUGGUCAGAGUCAAACUAGUCUGCUUCAGCACCAACCUGGACUGGCUCUGACCCCACAGGCUAUGAGUCGCUCUGGUCUGGCAGGACCAUCGAUGGAGAACCACAUGGACAUGUCCCACCUGCAGAUGCCCAAACACAUGUCGGUACCACCACAAGAAGAACCCAGUGACCUGGAAGAACUGGAACAGUUUGCCAAAGCGUUCAAACAAAGACGCAUCAAACUGGGCUUCACUCAGGGAGAUGUGGGUCUUGCGAUGGGAAAGCUGUACGGGAAUGAUUUCAGUCAGACCACGAUCUCUCGCUUCGAGGCUCUGAACCUCAGCUUCAAGAACAUGUGCAAGCUCAAACCUCUGCUGGAGAAAUGGCUGAGUGAUGCAGAGAAUUCACCGUCUGACUCAAUGAGCAACCCCACCUCCCUGCCACCGCUGACCGAGGGCUACGGACGCAAACGGAAAAAGAGGACUAGCAUUGAGACGAACAUCAAGCUGACGCUGGAGAAACGUUUCCUCGAUAACCCCAAACCCAACUCGGAGGAGAUAACCCUGAUCUCAGAGCAGCUGUCCAUGGAGAAGGAGGUGGUUCGAGUUUGGUUCUGCAAUCGGCGUCAGAAGGAGAAGAGGAUCUACUGCCCGGUGGCCAGUUUAUCGGUCAAAUCACACAGCUACAACUCCAGAAUGGCCUCCACAUCCAGGUCCUACAGCCCUCUGGCUUCAGGCGGAGUUUCAUCCAAUUCCUCCCCAAACAGCGUCAGCCGUGAAGCUUCUCCCAACAGUCUGUCCGCCGUCUCCGCCUCUUUAACGUCUCAGGUCAACCCAGCUUCCUACAGCGCACCAGGGUCGUGGUACCGCACAUGGAACCCUGCUGCAUAUCACCACUGAGAAAUAUGAACUGUGCCAUUUUGAAGAUUGUUUUGUUUGAGAAGAAUAUAUGCUGAAGAUGCGCCACAGUAACACUCGUCCCUGUUGUAAACGGGGUUUCACCUACAGUCCAAACCUUAGACGGACCCAUAAGACAAACCAGCAGCAGAAGCAGAGGACUGCAAACACAGCACAGCGCUGUUCACACACACUCUCCACAGCCUCCAGCUGCCCGAUUAGUGUUCAUGUGACUCUUUACUCUGCUCAGCUGCACACAUGAAGAACACACAGAAACACACACGACAGGGCUCAUUCACACCGGUGGGAAUAUUUAUGACUUCAAGACUCCAGUAACCUGUUUGAAUGUUGAAGGAUUCAGGUCCGGCGUCACUAAACCGAGCAGCUCCUGCUUUCCACUGAGCUGCAGUCAUCUCACAUGUUCUUGUUCUAAAAUGUUUUCGUCUUCAUAUUAAAGUUAACGUUGUGUUGUGAAUUCAAAACAAGGCUUUCACAGAACUGGUGCAAAUAAACUCAUCCUGAACAUCGUGUUCGUGAGCAGAGCAGCUUUUCACCUGGUUACUUUGGUUCUUUAGAGGAUAUAUCCGUUUUAUUAAAACAUGUUAUUAUUAUUAUUACCAUUAUUGCAGUUUUGACCAUCAUUUCUGUCUGUUAUGACAUAACACUUAACCGCUGACAGCUGGGAACAUGGUGACAUCACAACAACAAAGACCUACGGGGCAACACGAUUGGACAGAUUGUAAAAAAACUCACUUUAUUUGGUGGUAAAUAAAUAAUAAACAUGGCCGCACAGCAGGUCGACCACGCCUGUGUAAACUGGAAUGGACGUUUACAACCGAUAACUUGGUCAAUAAUUUCACCGUCCGCCUUUCAUUUCUCUUCUAAAAUAACUUGAACUGUGCCGAUCGUUUGUUAACAACCUGUCUGACUUCUUCACAGCGAUGCUGCUGUAUGUUCCCACAUCUCAGCAAUUAAAAAAACGUUAUCAUCAGAAGUCACGUUUCCACCCAAAGUAACCAGAACGUUCAGUCCCAGAAAACAAAUUCUUAAGGAACUGGAAGGUUCCUCCAGCUCGUUCUUGUUUGUGUUUCUGCGUUGAUCAGCCAAACUGGUGGUUGGAAACAAAAUGCUGCAAGUACUCGACCAAUCAGAAAUAAUCCAUGCAGUAAGCCCCACCCCCAGCGUUCCUGCAUUUCUGGAAAGCUCUACAAGCGUGGACCCUGCAGAACGUUCCAAUGGAGGAAAUGUGGCUUCUGAUAGAAAUGAUGGUUAAAACUACCAAAAUAAGACCCAAACUCUUAGAAAGUGUAAUUCGAACACACGUCAGAGGCCCUGAACGCACCGUGUCCUGUUCUGUUCUGAUUUCUGUAUCUUUGUAGAUUUUGUGUUUUUUGUCUUUUCAUUCUUGCUGGUUUCAUGUGGGCGGGGCUCAGCUGAAAGAAGGUGAUGUCACAGAUUUCAGUGCACCAAUCAGAGUUCACUUGAAUGAAAAUGUGAUGACAGCUGUCACUCAAAUCUGAUCCUGAUGAAGCAGGUUAGCUUUUGUUUUUUUAAAACUGUGUUUUUCUUAACUUAAACUUUGAUUGUUGCUGAUUUUGUCCUGGAUUUCUGGAAAUACUCCUUGUCGAGAGUACUUCCUGUCGUCUCUGCUUUUACCUGCAAAGAUCAUCUGGGUAAA